CCGACGGCAGUUCAUUCAGCUCUUGAACUUUAUCAGCAUGAUAAGGAUUAUUUUGAACUGGCCCCCAUUUAUCAUAUUGAUUUGACCAGAAAGCCAGAGCGCUGACUGUGAUCUAUUGGCAGUGGAGCAGGACUGAUUGCUUGAAGCCAAGACUGAGGUGUGAGUUCGCCAUCACUCAGGAUGUCCUCUUUCACGCUAAUGACAGGAGUGCUGCUCUUCUCCGGCUGUUUAUCAGGUGGCUGCUCACCCACACCGGCCGAGACCAUUGUGCAGGGCACAGAGGGGCAGCAGCAGCAAGCAGUCGGGUCUCUGGAGGGUGAUGCCGUGACCCCCUGUCCCUCCUGUGCUCUGGCUCAGAGAGAGAAAGACUCGGUGGGCUCUGAAGAGCAGACUGACAUGGUGGAGGCGGUCAAGAGGCACAUCCUCAAUAUGCUGCAUCUGAACACCCGACCCAACAUCACACACCCGGUGCCCCGCGCCGCCCUGCUUAAUGCCAUCCGUAAGCUGCAUGUGGGACGGGUGGGUGAGGAUGGCACGGUAGAGAUGGAGGAAGAUGGAGGGGGGUUCAGAGAGCACAGUGAGCUACCUGAGGAACAGCCCUUUGAGAUCAUCACCUUUGCAGAAUCUGGUGAUGUCCCUGAUGUCGUGACAUUUGAAAUUUCCAAGGAGGGCAGCACUCUGACUGUGGUGGAGCAGGCCAAUGUGUGGCUGUUUCUUAAGGUUGCAAAAGGCAACCGAGGGAAGGGCAAGGUCUCCAUCAAGCUACUGCAGCAAGGAAAGGCUGACACAAGCUCUGCUAAUGGGCCUUCGGAGGUGGUUGUGUCUGAGAAGACAGUGGACACACGGCGCAGCGGCUGGCACACACUACCCGUGCCCCGUACAGUGCAGGCCCUCCUGGAUGGGGAAAGCAGCUUGAUCAGUCUACGCGUUUCCUGUUCAAUGUGUGCCGAAGCCGGUGCUACGCCCGUUAUGGUGCCUGCAGAGGGCAACAAGAGCAGGGAGAGAGAGCAGUCUCACCGACCCUUCCUCAUGGUCGUCCUCAAGACAUCUGAAGAGCACCAGCACCGGCGCAGCAAGCGUGGCCUUGAGUGUGACGGCAAAAUCCGCAUCUGCUGUAAACGGCAGUUCUACGUCAACUUCAAAGACAUUGGGUGGAGCGACUGGAUCAUUGCUCCAUCUGGAUAUCAUGCAAACUACUGCGAGGGUGACUGUCCCAGCCAUGUGGCCAGCAUCACAGGCUCCGCCCUCUCCUUUCAUUCCACCGUCAUAAACCAUUAUCGAAUGCGUGGCUACAGCCCCUUUAACAACAUCAAGUCGUGCUGCGUGCCCACGCGCCUAAGAGCCAUGUCUAUGCUCUACUACAAUGAGGAGCAGAAGAUCAUUAAGAAAGACAUUCAGAACAUGAUAGUGGAGGAGUGCGGCUGCUCAUAAGACUCCUGAUAAACAGUUCUGAACUAUCUUAAAUGUUGGUACAAAGCACAUAUCAGAGGAUUGGCAAUCUGUUUUCACCCACAAACUUUUGAACUGCAAACUUGGGCAACUUAUUUGUUUAUAGAUCAUUCCAAUAGGACUCCAAUAGUAUUGGAAUGGUCUUUGUGGCACUUUCAUAUAUAAAUGAAAAUGAGAAAAAAAACAUAAUCUAUUUUUUUUAAUGAAGGGACUCAGAGACUGAGAAGGAACGGGUGCAUGGGAUAAAGUGUCAGCCCUGAUUCUCUGCACUGCAAUAAAAAGACAAUUAUUUGGAAGUGUGGAAUUCUAUAUUCUGAACAAAAGAACCAUGUGACUCUAUGCAAGUCAAGUAUUAUUACUGGAUGUCGUUCCUUUUUUUAUUAUUUGACUUUUAGCUUUUGGUUUUAUGUUGUUUUUAUUGGCAACCCUUUCUCACAAAAAGAGUCAUUGUGUUAGUAUAUCUUAAAGAAGUCGUUAUUUUUAUUAUUUUUAUUUUUUCAGAAAUACUUGAAAAAAAUUAGUUUGACCAGCUGCUGGAGCCAAACUACAUUAUUAUUAUUAUUAUUAUUAUUAUUAUUAUUACUAUUAAUCACCUAUUAUUAUUUUUCUAGUAAACAUUAUGAAUGUUGAUGAAAAGUAAUAUGAAUUUGCACUACGCCAAUAUUUCUACCAUGUUAGCCCAAAGCGGGAUGGGCUGCAUUCCAGUUGCCAUAUCAUAGUAUAGAACUAUAUGCAUUUGAAACUUAAACAUAGUAAACCAAAGACCAUACACAUCCCAUUCUCAGAGCAAAUCCCCAAAAUGCCCAGCUCUGUGAAUUUAAUGAAAUUAGCAACAAAAGUUUAUAGCCAACAUAAUGUACCAUUAACACAAUAUAGCACAUAAGAUAACUUUUUGUUUGUUUGUUUUUCCUGAAACAGCCUCUUUGUGUUUCUUUUUUACUUUUUGUAUUUCAACAGUGUUUGUCUCAAACAAUUUAUAACAAAGAUCUUAGAAUCUAAACUGAAACCUAGGCCUCAGCGUUGUUCUCAACAGAAAUAUUCAGUAAAGAAGGUGGCAGAAAAAUGAGCUGGCAAUGGCACUUUGCUUCGGUCAGGGGCAAAGUUCAAGAAACUAAAGGAAGCUUUCGGAUAUAAAAAGAAGCUUGCUCUGUUUUAUGUAUAGUUAUUCAACAUAUGGUGAUAUGUUGCUAUGUUGUACAAAUCAAAAUAUGUGCUUGUUAUGUUUUAUAUCUAAUUUAUUUUGCAGCAUAUUCUUUGCUUCACUAUUAAAGCUAA